CCAGCGUGGCACAGGCGCCGGAGGAGUCACAGAUCAGAGGAGCCGGCAGCAGACAGCACACCCGCAGAGGGAGAAAUCCAUCCCUUCUAUCUCAAGAGAGGAAAAGUUUCGCCUUCACCAUCCAGCCCUAAAAAUCAACCGGAGUGGAGCUGGAGGGAUGCAACAAGAGUCGGCACGGGCCGCCUGCCCAAAGCCAGGGGGAAGCCUGUGGGGUGACGGUGGAUUCCUCUGGGUUAGCCGCUGCCGGUGCCGCCAUGAGGGCUGUGCUCUGGGACCUGCUUCUGCUCUGCCUCUUUGCCCGGGCACGGGGGGACUGCCGGGGGGACUGUCUGCACUGCGACCGCCACCUCUACCGGGACAGCUUCGAUGUCCUCAUCUGCAUCCUGGAAUGCGAAGGCGAAGCUGUGCCACGGGCCACCUGGGAGAUGUGCGCCGCCGCCGCCGCCCGAGCCGCCCCACGGCCCCGUGACCUCCAGGAUGCUGAGGAGCCCUGGCGCGACGCGGUGCCGGUGGUGCCGGCAGCACCGGUGAGCCCGCUGCAGGUAAGCGAGCUGCUGCGGCGCCGGGAAGCCGAAGACGAAGGCAUGGAAGUGGCACCCGAGGACAUUUCCCGACGGCUCGGCGGUUUCCCGCGGGGGACGCGAGGCGGCUCAUGGCCGGUGCCGACAGCCAAAGGGGUGCAGAAGCGAUAUGGGGGCUUCAUCGGGGUCCGCAAGUCGGCGAGGAAGUGGAACAACCAGAAGAGGUUUAGCGAGUUCCUGAAGCAGUACCUGGGCAUGUCGCCCCGCUCCACGUUCCGGCAUCGCAUCCCAGCACCUUCCGCCAGGCACAGGCAAAAUUAAACCCUGCUCCUGUCCACCCCAGCAGCCUCCAUCCUCUCUCUGACGGACCCCAAAGCGCUUCAGACUCGCACGCGUUCAGACAUCACUUUGCUCUUCACUCACUAAAGCCAGAUUUAAACCGGGACCCGACGAAUUUCGGCCGGCGACAGGAGCCAGAUGCUGCGGGGAUGGGGAGGGAGAGGACCGCGGGGGGCAGCAGGAGGAAAUCAAG